AUGACGGUAGUGAUAGGGUUCAAUGUUUUGUGGAUAAGAAUCAGGGGGAAGGUCAAGGCAGAUAUCAUGGUGGGAGUCUGUUAUAGACCACCCAACCAGGAUGAAGAAGCAGAUGAAAUAUUUUACAAGCAUCUGAGAGAAGUCUUAGAAUCACUAGCCCUUGUUCUCAUGGUGGACUUCAACUUACCAGAUGUCUGCUGGAAAUACAAUACGGCAGAGAGGAAGCAGUCCAAGAGGUUCUUAGAGUGUGUGGAAGAUAACUUCCUGACACAGCUGGUGAGUGAGCCAACUAGGGAACAGGCCUCACUGAACCUGUUGUUUGCGAACAGAGAAGGACUUGUGGGUGAUGUGAUGGUUGCAAGCUGUCUUGGCCAUAAUGAUCACAAAAUUAUAGAGUUUUUGAUUCUUGGAGAACUGCACUCCAAUUCCGACAAAGGUGAUGGAUCAGUCAAAUAUAUUCUUACUGGAGAAGGGGCGGGGACUAUAUUUAUUAUUGAUGACACGACUGGAGACAUCCACUCAACCAAAAGCCUAGAUCGAGAGCAGAAGACGCACUAUGUGCUUCAUGCCCAAGCUAUUGAUAGACGGACAAACAAGCCACUCGAGCCUGAAUCUGAAUUUAUUAUCAAAGUGCAGGAUAUCAACGACAAUGCACCAAAAUUUACAGAUGGACCAUACAUUGUUACUGUGCCAGAGAUGUCUGAAAUGGGUACAUCUGUUCUACAGGUGACAGCCACAGAUGCAGAUGACCCUACAUAUGGAAACAGUGCCAGAGUAGUGUACAGUAUUCUUCAGGGACAGCCAUAUUUCUCUGUUGACCCUAAAACAG